GGGUGUAUUUUAUUGUUGAGCGCGAGUGUGUCUCUCUCUUAACAAUAAUUAUCGACAAAGUGGUAGUAAGGGCUGCGAGGGCAGUGCAUGGAUUUAUAUGAUACGUUACAAGCAGCAGCAGCAAGAGCGGUGACCAGUUUUCACCCAGACACGACAAAGGUGGCUCGAAAGGCAAACAACAACAGCUGUAGCAGUAGUAGUGGAAGUAGUCUAGUCACAGGAGGGACCGUUGUCACUGAUUGUGAUUUCCUUCCCAGUGCUGCGGCUAAUCGCAAUAGCAGGCUGGAAGAACAGCACUAUCGACCAGCAGUUCGUAGCCCGGUACCGCGACGACACCACCAUCAUCCAAGACAGCAACGGCUGGGCAGUUGCGACAGUGCUGGCAGCAGCAGCGGCGGUGGACGACGAGAUAAGCACACUAGGGACAGAUCCCGCGAGGAAGCGGCGAUAGUAGUAGCAGGGAGCAGCGGCCGAUCGCUGGAAAUGACUACGGCGACAAUGGAAAUGCUAACGACAGCGACAACAACCACGCCUGCAACAGGCAAUUCCUCCUCGAUUGCCAGUACGACUGCAGCCGGCGGUGGAAGUGGUAGUGGUGGUGUCCCGUUCAGUACCGGUGCCAGCCUGGACGAGAUGAUGCGCGGCGUCGAUUACAGCAAUCUGUCCGGUGUUGUACCGCUGCUUGAGGAAGUGGACGGCAACCUGACAACCGUGUCACAGCACAGCAAUGAUUCGAUCGAACGUACACUGCUGCCGGGUUCGUCCUCGUCCGGCGGUCAACCGCACGGUCACGCUCACCACCAGAAGGGCCAUUCGCGGGGAAGCAGUGCACCGCAAGCGUACGAUCGUAUCACGACCAAGAUCGCUUGCACGAAGGAACUAAUCCGGAAGGAGCAGGAAGCGCGCGAUUCGAACGUGAACGAGUAUCUGAAGCUAGCAGCUAACGCCGACAAGAACCAGCUGCAACGCAUCAAGGCCGUGUUCGAGAAAAAGAAUCAAAAAAGCGCCAACAACAUUUCCCAGCUGCAAAAGAAGCUCGAAUCGUACAACAAACGCUACAAAGAUAUGCAGCAAACGCAACAAAAACAGGCCCAACAGCAACAAUCGCAACAGCAGGUAGCACAGCAACAGCAUGCCGCCGCUGCAGCCAGCUUAUUGCUGCAGCAGCAACAGCAACAACACCAGCAGCAGCAAGCGAUACUGCUGACCGGUGGCAGUCAAACGUUACCACCGAAUUUGCAGCAGCUAGCAGUUACGACCAAUCAGCAGCAACAACAAAGCUUUCUACAGCCUCGCGAAAUGUUACGCGAUGUGGGCCAGGGUCUGAGGAACGUCGGAGGUAACAUUAGGCACGGUGUGACCGGGCUGUCGGCAACUGUGAUAUCGAAGCCUCGCAAAUUUGCUCAUCUGAUACGGAACAAGUUUGGCAGUGCGGACAACAUUAACCAGCUAACGUCCACCUGGUAUACUGGGAGUGCCGCCGAUAGCGAACUUUCCGGGAUGGACGUUACGGGUAGCGCCGAGGGACAACAAACGACACCAAAUGCGAGUGGCCCCGGUGGUGGUGGACAGAGCAAUCAACACAACACCAGCAUUAGCGAUAGCGAAGGUCGACGCACACAUGGCGCAACACAAGGCCAUCAGCACCAUCAGCAGUUGCAUGGAGUGUCUUCGGGCCAUCGUCACCACACCGGUGGUCCUGGACCUGGUGGAAAAUACAGCGAACAUGACAGUGAAUGUAGCAGCGUCACGAGCGAUAGUAUACCGCUUGGUUCGGACAAACACCGGCUAAGCUGUAGCCAGCGAUGCGUCAAUUAUAAAGCCCUCAACGAACUGCGCGAAGAGUACCAGAAGCUAAAGGAGCGGCUGGAUCGAGUCGAGCUGGUACAGAAAGAAGUGACCGAACUAUCGAUGGCGCUCGAGAACGAACGCUAUCGAGCGGAUCGGCUCGAGGAGCAGAUAAACGAUCUGUCCGAGCUGCACCAGAACGAGCGGGAAAAUUUGAAGCAAGCGAUUGCCGACCUGGAGGAAAAGGUUCAAUACCAGAGCGACGAACGGUUGCGGGAUGUGAACGAAAUUCUCGAAAACUGCCAGACGCGCAUUUCCAAGAUGGAGCAACUGUCGCAGCAGCAGUACGUUACGGUGGAAGGCAUCUACAACUCCAAUGCACGGGCCGUCGUCGUCAAGCUGAUCAACGUCGUGCUGACCGUGCUGCAAGUAAUCCUGCUACUGGUGGCAACGGUCGCCGGUAUCAUAGUGCCAUUUCUCAAGACACGACUGCGGGUGCUGACGACGCUGCUGUGCACGCUGGUGCUUAUAGCGAUUGUACGUCAGUGGCCGGACGUACGGGACACGGGCGUACAUCUGAUUCGGAUCCUGCGCAGCCAAGUCGUUAGCGAUACGGGGGCCACCUAG